AUGUCUGGAGGUAAAUCAGGUGGCAAGUCAAGCUCUGGCAAGAAUGCUCAAUCCCGCUCGUCGAAAGCUGGUCUCGCGUUUCCAGUGGGCCGAGUUCAUCGUCUUCUGAGGAAAGGCAACUACGCCCAGCGUGUCGGUGCUGGUGCUCCAGUCUACCUCGCUGCCGUCCUUGAGUACCUCGCCGCUGAAAUUCUCGAACUGGCCGGGAACGCCGCCCGUGACAAUAAGAAGACUCGAAUCAUCCCUCGUCAUCUCCAACUCGCCAUCCGAAACGAUGAGGAAUUGAACAAGCUCCUCGGCCACGUCACAAUCGCUCAAGGUGGUGUCCUGCCAAACAUCCACCAGAAUCUCCUGCCAAAGAAGACUGCCAAGGGCAAGCCUGGAAGCCAAGAGCUAUGA